CUUCCGGUGCGUCCCGGGGAGCUCCGCGGGCGAGGCGGGCGGCCAGCCGGGGCCGCGGGGGCUCCGGCCAGGCUCGCUGCUGCCCUGGGCGCCGCCACCAUGGGCAAAAAGCACAAGAAGCACAAGACCGAAUGGCGCUCGUCGUACGAGGAUUACGCAGACAAGCCCCUGGAGAAGCCCCUGAAGCUGGUCCUCAAAGUCGGAGGAAGCGAAGUGACGGAACUCUCGGGGUCAGGCCACGACUCCAGUUACUACGAUGACAGGUCGGACCAUGAGCGGGAGAGACACAGAGAGAAGAAGAAGAAGAAGAAGAAGAAGUCUGAGAAGGAGAAGCACCUUGACGACGAAGAAAGGAGGAAGCGAAAGGAGGAGAAGAAGCGGAAACGGGAGAAGGAGCACUGUGACACGGAGGGGGAGGCGGAUGAUUUCGGUCCUGGGAGGAAGGUGGAGGUGGAACCGCCCCCCGAUCGGCCAGUCCGCGCCUGCCGGACGCAGCCAGCUGAAAACGAGAGCACGCCUAUUCAGCAGCUGCUCGAGCAUUUCCUGCGCCAGCUCCAGAGGAAAGAUCCUCAUGGGUUUUUUGCUUUUCCUGUCACGGAUGCCAUUGCUCCUGGAUACUCGAUGAUAAUAAAACAUCCGAUGGAUUUCGGCACAAUGAAAGACAAAAUUGUAGCUAAUGAGUACAAGUCAGUCACGGAAUUUAAGAUAAUGUGCCCAGGAGUGGGAUUGCUGGAUCAUAGGGCCGAUUUCAAGCUGAUGUGUGACAACGCCAUGACGUACAACAGACCAGACACCGUGUACUACAAGCUAGCCAAGAAGAUCCUCCACGCCGGCUUUAAGAUGAUGAGCAAAGAGCGGCUGUUAGCUCUGAAGCGCAGCGUGUCGUUUAUGCAGGACAUGGAUUUCUCUCAGCAGGCAGCUCUUCUGGGCAGCGAAGACACAGCCGUCGAGGAGCCUGUUCCCGAAGUCGUGCCUGUGCAAGUAGAAACUGCCAAGAAAUCUAAGAGGCCGAGCAGAGAAGUCAUCAGCUGCGUGUUUGAGCCGGAAGGAAAUGCUUGCAGCCUGACCGACAGCACCGCAGAGGAGCACGUGCUGGCCUUGGUGGAGCACGCGGCCGACGAGGCCCGGGACAGGAUCAACCGGCUCGUCCCCGGGGGCAAGAUGGGCUACCUGAGGAAGAGCGGGGACGGGAGCCUGCUGUACAGCGUUGUCAACACAGCCGAGCCGGAUGCUGACGAGGAGGAGACCCACCCAGUGGACCUGAGCUCACUGUCCAGCAAGCUGGUCCCAGGCAUCACCACCCUGGGCUUCCGGGAGGAGCGGAGGAGCAGAGUCACGUUUCUGUCCAGCGCCAGCACUGCACUCUCCCUACACAACAACUCGGUGUUCGGGGACCUGAAGUCCGACGAGGCGGAGCUGCUGUACUCAGCCUACGGGGACGAGACGGGUGUGCAGUGCGCACUCAGCCUGCAGGAGUUUGUGAAGGGCGCAGGGAGCUACAGCAGGAAGAUGGUGGACGACCUCCUGGACCAGAUCACGGGCGGAGACCACUCUCGGAUGCUGUCCCAGCUGCGGCAGAGGAGAAACGUCCCGAUGAAGCCUCCUGACGAAGGGAAGGCUGGAGACCCUCUAGGGGACGGUGGCUCCGCCCUGGACUUCAUGGCCGUGAAGUCGUAUCCGGAUGUCUCUCUGGACAUCUCCGUGCUCGGCUGUCUGGGGAAGGUGAAGAAGGAGCUGGACCCUGAUGACGGCCACCUGAACCUGGACGAGACGGCAAAGCUCCUGCAGGACCUGCACGAGGCACAGGUGGAGCGCGGGGGCUCCCGGCCGUCGUCCAACCUCAGCUCCCUGUCCAACGCCUCCGACAGGGACCAGCACCACCUGGGUGAGGGGCACCGGGAGGGUCCUGGAAAGCCGGGGCUCUUGUGGGUGCCCAGUGCAAGUCCGCAGGCAGGGCCCUGGCCCCUGGUCACAGCAGAUCACCACGGCUGCCCCGAGGAAGCCCUUCUCGCCUCAGUGUCGGGGAGCAGCCAGAGGUGACCCACGACCCGUACGAAUUUCUUCAGUCUCCAGAACCUGCGGCCUCCACGAAGAACUAGCCUUGUAGUGGUCACUGAUGAGUGUUUAUUUUUUAAGUUUUUAUUUGCAUGUACAGAGUUUUUGUCACGAGACAAAAAGUUUGGUUUUGUCCCCUUGGGCGUGCGGGAAGCAGCCCCGGGGAGGUGGUGAGUGUCCCUGAGGUCCUGUCAGCCGCGCAGGGGUGCAGUGUUCCUGCAGAGAGCUGCGGAGGUCACUCAUAAAGGGUGUGAGACCAGAUUCGGAAAAGCUGGUGUGGUCUGUGUCCGAGCUCCUCAGGGUCGGUGAGGUCCUCCUCUGGACGCACCGGUCCUGCCCCACGCCCUCCGUGAGCGGCCCUCAGGAAGUAGACGUGGGUGGUUCUCUCUGUCCCGUUGGGGGUCCUGCCUGUUCUUUGUCCUCCCAUGUCCCCACAUUUCUAAGGCAGGUCUCGAGGGUUAUGUGGGAGGGAGGGUGGCCACCCCUCCUAGCCUGGGACAGACGGGAGGUGGGGCAGCGCCCCCUGGUGGCCUUUUAACCCGCGUGUGAGGGGAGGAGUGCAUUCUGUGGGAAGACGGGCCUGUCCUGCCGAGUACGACGAAGUGUUAGGUGUCCGUAACACGCCCUUUGUUCUGGAUGUGUUUACUGGAUGCCUGUUUGUGUGUGCAGAAUAUACAUACAGAUCUUAAUAAAAAGAUUCACUGUG